CGCUUGUCUCUUGAGUCUUGAGAGACGUAGGAGUAAAGGAAACAGGAUCAGCAGAUAGGGAUGAGCUUAUCCACUGCGUCGCCGCCAUGGAUGACCUCCCUCUCAUGCUCUCCAUCUCAACCAGCUUCCACUAUCCUCCAAUGGCUAAGCUUUGUUUUCCUAUCGCCAUGCCCGCAGCGGAUGCUCUUCUCCAUCGUCGAUGGGCUGUUCCUCCUCGUGCUUUUCGUUUUCGCGAUCCAGAAGCUCAUCGUAAGGUUCCGGCGGCGAAGUGGGACGCUGGAGGAGGAGGAGGAGGAGAAGAAGCCGUUGCUGAUCAAGGCGCAGCAGCGGCAACAGCAACCGAUUUUGACCACGAUCCGGUUUAAGAUCGGGUUGGUCGUCGUUGCGAUCCUUGCCUUCGCGUAUGGCGUUCUCCUGGUCGUCGUCUUCGUGCGUGGCUCUGAGAGUGGAUGGUUCCUCAUCGAGUCCCUCUUCCAUGUUCUCCAGUUCCUCUCUUAUCUCUCCUCCGUCGCCGUCGUCGCUCAUGAGAAACGAUUCCGAGCGGCCGUGCACCCGCUCACUCUCAGGCUGUACUGGGUGGCGAGUUUCAUCCUCGUUGUCCUCUUCUCAAUCUCAUCGAUCUUCCGACUCGCCGGCGGGAACCCGAUCCAACCGGAUGACUACAUAUCUCUAGGUAUCCUCCCCUUCUCUCUAGUCCUCCUCGUGCUUGCCGUCAACGGAGACUCUGGGGUGGUGGUGGUGGUGGAGGUCAACGUCAACUCCGGCAGGGCGAGUGAACCAGAUAGUUUGAUCACCGGCUACACCAGCGCAUCGAUCAUCUCCCUGGCGACGUGGAGUUGGAUGAACCCACUCCUUGCCAAAGGCUACAAAUCCCCUCUGAAAAUCGACGACGUGCCAUGGCUCGCAGCGGAGCACAGGGCCGAGAAGCUCUACGAGCUUUUCCAAAGCAACUGGCCGCGUCCGGCGAGCCGUGAGAACCACCCAGUUCGCACCGCUCUCCUCCGCUGCUUCUGGCCCCAACUCCUCUUCACCGCCUUCCUCUCCAUCCUCCGCCUCUGCGUCAUGUACGUCGGACCAACCUUAAUUCAGAAGUUCGUCGACUUCGCCAGCGGAAAGCGCAGCUCUUUGUUGGAAGGCUAUUACCUCUGUGGCAUCCUCCUGGUCGCCAAGUUCUUCGAGGUCCUGUGCUCCCAUCAAUACAACUUCCAGUGCGCGAAGCUCGGCAUGAUGAUCCGCUCCACCCUCAUCACCAACCUCUACCGUAAAGGUCUACGUCUCUCCUGCUCCGCCCGCCAAUCCCACGGUGUCGGCAUGAUCGUCAACUACAUGGCCGUGGACGCACAGCAACUGUCCGACAUGGUGCUCCAACUGCAUUACAUCUGGCUCAUGCCACUGCAAGUCGGCGUCGCUAUCGCCCUCCUUUACUUGUACCUUGGCCCCUCCGUCACCACUGCUCUCGGCGCCAUCGCCGCUAUCAUCAUCUUCGUCCUCCUUGGUACUCGCCGGAACAACCGUUUCCAGUUCCUACUCAUGAGCAUGCGCGAUAAGCGCAUGAAAGCCACUAACGAGAUGCUCAACUACAUGCGCGUCAUCAAGUUCCAAGCUUGGGAAAAUCACUUCAAUCGCCGAAUCAAACAGUUCCGAGAGGGCGAGUUCGGUUGGCUUUCCAAAUUCAUGUACUCCAUUUCCGGCAACAUCAUCGUCCUCUGGAGCGCUCCAGUCAUAAUCUCCUCCCUCGUCUUCGCCACCUGCGUCGCCACCGGGGUUCGCCUCAACGCCGGCCUCGUCUUCACCGCCACCUCCUUCUUCAAGAUCCUUCAAGAGCCAAUGCGGAACUUCCCGCAAGCUCUCAUCUCUGCCUCUCAAGCCAUGGUCUCCCUGGAACGCCUCGACUCCUACAUGACCAGCGCCGAGCUUGACGACGCCGCCGUUGAGCACGUCAUUGGCAGCGACGUCGCCAUCGAAAUCCAAGCCGGUAACUUCUCUUGGGAUGAUGAGAACCCCACCCCAUCUCUCAAAAACCUCAACGUCGAGAUCAAACGUGGCGCCCUCGCCGCCGUCGUCGGCACCGUCGGCUCCGGCAAGUCCUCCUUCCUCUCUUGCAUUCUCGGCGAGAUGCACAAAAUCUCUGGAAAGGUGAGAGUAUGUGGGAGCACUGCAUAUGUUGCUCAAACUUCAUGGAUUCAGAAUGGAACUAUACAAGAGAACAUCCUGUUUGGAAUGCCGAUGAAUUCAAGCAAAUACAAGGAAGUUCUUCGAGUUUGUUGUCUGGAGAAGGACAUGGAGAUGAUGGAGUUUGGAGACCAGACUGAGAUUGGAGAGAGAGGGAUUAAUCUGAGUGGUGGUCAGAAGCAGAGAAUUCAACUCGCCAGGGCUGUUUAUCAGGACUCUGAUGUUUAUCUACUUGAUGAUGUCUUCAGUGCUGUUGAUGCUCAUACUGGUUCUGAGAUCUUCAAGGAAUGCGUCAGAGGAGCUCUCAAAGAUAAAACAGUCCUGCUUGUUACUCACCAAGUUGACUUCUUGCACAAUGUCAAUUGCAUCUACGUUAUGCGAGAUGGGGAAAUAGCAGAAGCUGGUAAAUAUGAUGAAUUAGCUGCUUCUGGACCAGAAUUUAUGGGUCUUGUUGCGGCUCAUGAGAGUUCCAUGGAGCUUGUAGAGCAGAGUGCAAAUCAAGACAACAACCAGAACUUUGAGCCUGAGCAAGCUGCUGCAUUGAAUCAGAAACAGUCAGCCGGCAACAAUGAGCCAGAAGGAUCACCGAAAACAGAGAAAGGAAGCUCUAAACUCAUUAAGGAGGAAGAGCGUGAGACAGGCCAUGUCAGCUGGAGUGUAUACAAGACUUACGUGACUGAAGCUUGGGGAUGGUGGGGAGUGAUAGCAAUCUUGCUGGUUUCACUGGCAUGGCAAGGCGCUCAAAUGGCAUGUGACUACUGGUUGGCAUUUGAAACAUCAGACGAAAAUGAAGCUUCCUUCAAUGCGUCUUUGUUUAUUGAAGUAUAUGCAGGCCUAGCCGCUGUAGCCAUCAUUCUUGUGACAGUUCGAGCUUUCCUUGUCGCCUAUCUGGGGCUCAAGACUGCUCAGAUAUUUUUCGAACAGAUCCUCAACUCUAUACUGCAUGCUCCAAUGUCAUUCUUUGAUACUACACCUUCUGGAAGGAUUCUAACUCGGGCAUCAUCAGAUCAAACCAACAUUGAUCUGUUUCUUCCCUUCUUCGUGGGGCUGACUGUUUCAAUGUAUAUCACUGUGAUCAGCAUCAUCAUUGUUACUGGCCAGGUUGCUUGGCCAACAUUCAUUGCUGUUAUUCCAUUAGCAAUACUGAAUUUUUGGUACAGGGGUUAUUACCUUGCAACAUCUCGGGAGCUAACUCGUCUUGAUUCAAUCACAAAAGCCCCCGUCAUUCAUCAUUUUUCUGAGACAGUUCUCGGUGUGACCACAAUUCGAUGCUUCAAGAAGGAAGCCAGAUUUACCCAAGAAAAUGUUGACAGGGUUAAUUCAAGUUUACGGAUGGAUUUCCAUAACAAUGGAUCCAAUGAGUGGCUAGGAUUCCGGUUAGAAUUAAUUGGGAGCUUUGUCCUCUGCGUCACUGCUUUGCUCAUUGUCAUGCUUCCUGCGAAUAUUAUCCAACCAGAAUAUGUAGGCCUAUCUCUGUCCUACGGCCUCAGUUUGAAUACCGCAUUGUUUUGGGCUGUAUGGAUCAGUUGCUUUAUAGAGAAUAGGAUGGUCUCAGUUGAAAGGGUGAAGCAGUUCACUAAGAUUCCUCCUGAAUCUGCAUGGGAGAUCAAAGGAUGCCUGCCUUCUUUGAAUUGGCCCAUGCGAGGAGAUAUUAGUGUCCAAGACUUGAAGGUUCGAUACCGACCAAAUACUCCUUUGGUUCUCAAGGGUAUCUCACUCAAUAUCCAUGGUGGAGAGAAAAUUGGGGUUGUUGGUCGAACAGGGAGUGGAAAAUCAACACUGGUGCAAGUUUUGUUUAGACUAGUUGAGCCUUCUGGUGGAAAGAUUGUAAUUGAUGGGAUAGACAUCUGCACAUUGGGUCUUCAUGAUCUCAGAUCACGCUUUGGUAUCAUACCUCAAGAGCCUGUUCUCUUUGAAGGAACAGUGCGAAGCAACAUCGAUCCGAUUGGAAAAUAUUCAGAUGAUGAGAUAUGGCAGAGUCUUGAGCGUUGCCAACUUAAAGAUGCGGUGGCUUCAAAACCUGAGAAGCUUGAUGCAUCGGUUGUCGAUAAUGGGGAGAACUGGAGUGUGGGCCAGAGACAGCUUCUUUGCCUAGGCAGAGUUAUGCUAAAGCACAGCCGAAUUUUGUUCAUGGAUGAGGCAACCGCUUCAGUGGAUUCUCAGACUGACGGAGUGAUUCAAAAGAUCAUCCGUGAAGACUUCGCAUCUUGCACCAUUAUCAGCAUUGCUCACAGAAUACCGACAGUCAUGGACUGUGACCGAGUAUUGGUUGUAGAUGCAGGAAUUGCAAAAGAGUUUGACAAACCAGCAAACCUAAUUGAACGCCCAUCUCUCUUUGGUGCGUUGGUUCAAGAGUAUGCAAACCGCUCCAGUGAGCUGUAGAUCACAAUGAAGAAAAUGUAAUGCUGACUCACUGAUGGCCCGGUGUUUGAAUACCUUCGAGUUAUGGAGAAUUUUGCCAGUGAGUCAUAGAGUGAUGAUCAUGAACAUUUGGAGGCAGAAUUAUGAGGAAAACGAAGAAUGUUCAUGUCAUGCCAAAAGUUAAUUUCUCUUUCUGAACUUGUGAUCGAAAACUACAAAAUAUAUUACACAGCGUAUGUAACUGCAGAUGCUGAUGUUCUUAAGUUUUAUGUUUGAAGGGCAUGAAUAAGGCCAUUCCACUGUUAUAACAGUCCAAUAAAAUUGUGUUUGUGUAUUUUUUAUUACGUA